AUGGCUUCGACAUUAAAAAACUUGCUACUUAUUGGUCUUUUGAUCAUUGGAAGUUUGCUGAUACCAACCAAUGGAACACGUUUAAACGUAUCAUUUCCACUUGUAACGCGAUCAGAGUGGUCUUCUCGUACUCCUGCAAAGCCUGCAUCACCAUUACACGUUCUGCCAUCUCCUUACGUUAUAGUAAGCCACACAGCAACGGGUCAGUGUAAUACUUUAGCUCGAUGCAAAUCCAUCGUCCAUUCAAUUCAAGAUUAUCACAUGGGCCAAAAUGGAUGGGAUGAUAUUGGCUAUAAUUUUCUCGUCGGUGGUGAUGGAAAUAUUUACGAAGGCCGAGGCUGGGAUGUUCAGGGAGCUCAUACAAAAAAUUACAAUAGCAAGAGUAUUGGGCUAAGUUUCAUCGGAAACUUUAACAAGGAACAACCAACUGAUGCACAACUCGAGGCUGCUAAAAGUUUUUUGGACUAUGGUUUGCAAAAUAAAAAGAUUAGUGACAACUAUAAGCUGUUAGGCCAAAGACAAUUAAUAUCUACAGUUAGCCCAGGAGAUUUACUGUACAAUAUCAUUAAAACUUGGAGUCAUUGGUCGCAAACACCGUAAAAGUUUAUUUAUGUAGCGCGUUAAAUGAUUGUCGUUGACCAAUCCCUCCGUAUAUUCUGAUAAUUAUUUGCUAGAAACGAAUGUUAUAUAAAACCUUGUAUUUUCUUGUAAACAUCAGAUUAAUUUUUACAUCAAUGGUGAAUUUAUUUUUACGUAACAAGUGUCAAUUUAUGGAUAAAUAAGUAAUCACUGUUUUUCUUUGUUGUUUUGUAAGCUUCAACUUUCUGUAGUGCUGGCGUAAUCGUUGAUUUGGUUUACUCGAGAAACAAAUAAGUGCUAUAACCAGUGCAACUGGUGUAAAAAAUGUGUAAAAAAUCUGUGUAAGAAAAAUCUAUGUGCGUGUGUAGUGUAUGCUGAAUAGUUAUAAGGAUUACAAUUUCUUUUAAUAUUGAUAUCCAUAGUAUAAUCAAUAGGAUUACCGUCUAUAAAUUCAUCUUCGUGAAUAAAAAAAGUAUUAGAAUAGCAUAUGUUGAUAUCUUUCACGAAAAAAUUAUUUACUGAAGUACCAGUAUGUUAUAUUUUUGUAUAGCAGUGAAAAUAUGUAAACAAAA